AGGCGGAUAGGGAGAGACGAGAGGAGAGGUCCAUGGACGAAGUAGAAUAGAAGAGUGCGAAGUCCUCGUCUCCACUCUACGCGCGACCCACGACAUAUCAUAAAAACGCACACGACCAUGUGAGCAUGAGCAGUAAAAUAUUCUCAAUAAAUACCUCCUCAAACCUUCACCACAGCUUGAGCCCUUGUUUCGUUUCUCCGUGAAGAAAUUUACACUAGCCUAUUUCAUAGAUGCUCCUCAAUCAAAUCACUUGCUUAUGUGAGAGGGAAUUCUUUUUAUAUGGAUUGGUUGAGAAAUUUUAGUCACUGCUAGUCUUUGAUGCUUUUCUUGCUUCAGAUAUGGCUUCAAAGUGCCCGUCAUUUUCCUGUCUAGCAGCUUCUCUGUCUUCUCCUUUCCAACGCCGGAAAACUGCCCAGCUUUCCUAGGAGGGGUGCAGCCAGAGCGGAGGCAACAAUGUCCAUUUUUCUUUUGUUCACACUGAUGUUUGGGACCUUAUGGUACUUGCUCAAAUUGAGGAUAUCGCAAAGGUUGCUCAACAGCCAGCAAAAUAGUGCGCAGCAGUUAACAUACACUAGAGACAAUUCAAACCAGUCAAUACAUGGAAUGAGGAAGAUAAAUGGAAGGACCCAGAAGCAGCGGUAUCUUGUUUUUGUCGUCUCUGAGGAUCAAUCACAACAUAAUGAGCUCAAAACAGAUGAUCUAGUGCCGGAAAACCAUGAUAUGGAUUCUGAAGAUAUCUCAAUUGCUAGCAAUUCUUCUUUCCAUUCACCAAGUGGUGAAGGAAAGCCUGGUGUAAUCUCAUUUUAUAAUCGUCCAUAUAGGAAAGAUAGUGAGAUGCUUCCGUUGAAUGCAGAGAGGAGUCAAAACAGCAUACUAUGGUUUAUGGGCCCUGCAGUUCUUGUUGCUUCCUUCAUUUUUCCUUCACUCUAUUUACGUAGAAUUCUUUCUGUCAUCUUUGAGGACUCUUUGUUGACUGAUUUCCUCAUAUUAUUCUUCACAGAGGCAAUUUUCUAUUGUGGUGUUGCUGUAUUUCUUCUUCUACUGGACCAUUUAAGGAGGCCAGUGCAACUGGAUGUUGCUGCAAACAAUAGUGAUUCUCCUACUCCUCAACUGGGACAAAGGAUCUCUUCUGUUGCUACUCUAGUGCUUAGUCUUAUAAUUCCUAUGGUCACUAUGGGCUUGGUCUGGCCAUGGACAGGCCCUGCGGCUUCUGCAACUCUUGCUCCAUACCUGGUUGGUAUAAUCGUACAAUUUGCAUUUGAGCAAUAUGCUCGUUAUCGGAAGUCCCCUUCAUGGCCUGCUAUACCCUUUAUCUUUCAGGUUUAUAGACUGCACCAACUAAAUAGGGCAGCACAACUGGUGACAGCUCUGUCAUUUACUGUUAGAGGAGCUGAAAUGACCUCACAUAACCUCGCUAUAAAUAGCUCUUUGGGUACCCUUUUAAACGUCUUACAGUUCCUUGGUGUGAUUUGCAUCUGGUCUCUCUCAAGUUACCUCAUGAGGUUUCUACCUCCUGUUUCUGCAACAACGCAAUGAUGUCCAUACUUUCAUGUAAGAUAUUCUCAUUAGCCAAAGCACGCCCAGUUCUUCUGCGUGCAGAUUUUACUCAUCAUCCUCUGUAUAUUUCAAGGAUAUUAGUAUAAAUUCUUUUGAGCUUUCAGUUAAAUUUUUUAAAUGGGAUAAUUUUGUGUGUUUUAAUUA